AUGAAUAUCCUCUCAAAUCUACUUAACUUGGUUGUUGCCAAAGGAUUAUUCGCUUAUCACCCUAAAUGUAAAAGAAUAGGGCUCACUCACUUAUCGUUUGCGGAUGACCUAUUAAUUUUUUGCAAAGGAACUAUAGACUCUGUUGUUGGAGUUUUAACAAUUCUUGAUCAUUUUUAUGAACUGUCUGGGUUGAAUCUCAAUGCUACAAAAUGCACAUUCUUUACUUCUGGUAUUUCUAACAGGAACACUGAUCAUAUUAAAAGAGCUACUGGAUUUCAGCUUGGUUGUUUGCCUGUAAGAUACCUAGGGAUUCCCUUAAUUACUAGAAAGCUUUCUGAAAAAGAUUGUGGACCUCUCAUUGACAGUAUAAAAGCUAGACUCACAAUUUGGUCUGGAAAAUUCUUGAGCUACGCAGGCAGGCUAGAACUCGUUCGAGCUGUAUUGUUCAGCAUUGCUAAUUAUUGGAGAAGGCAACUUCUGCUUCCUCAGUCUGUAAUCUGCAAGAUUGAAUAG